AUCACACAUACAUGCCAUUCCUUCCGUUGUGAACUACGCUGAAAGAGUUUUUUGCAGAUGUGGUUCAGCAUAGACAGUUGAAACAGCAGGACACCACUCGGUACCAUAACUAAGUUUUCCGCCGAAUAUACAGUCACGAUAGGAAACGGUCUUAGUAAAUGGACUGUGGAGAGUAGCUGCUAACGAACAGAGAUUGAACAGUCGUAAUACUUUCUUUAUCCGAUUUGCGAAUCGACUGUACUCAGUCUGCUCAAGGUUCCCUGAACGCGAAGAAAAGAAAAUGCCUGUAACAACUCUUCUACCGUUCACGGCGACCCCGAAUAGGAAGUCUGCCAGUCCGACGUCUUUUCGACUGACAGAAAAAUUCAUUUUGCUGUUAGUUUUUAGCGCUUUUAUCACAUUAUGUUUCGGGGCAAUCUUCUUCUUACCGGAUUCGUCAAAGCUGCUUAGCGGAGUUUUCUUCCGCUCGGCGUCGGUAGAAACUGCCACUCGAACAGGUAUAGAUAGUGGUUCUAUCGGAACGGGAAAUGCUGAUAAAAUGUUAGCUAAAAUUAGAAAAGAUCACGAAGAUGCCUUAAUCGAAGCUAAAGACACGCUCCAGAAACACCCUGAAGAUAUCAAGAAAGACAUCAAGAACGACAAGGAUCAAGUUGCCCAAGGUGUAGUUAAAGGCGGUAAAGGUGAUGGUCUACCGAUUAUUGAAUACGUUCGACCACCCGGAGUAAUAGGACGCGAGCCCUCAGACCCGGACACCAAAGAGAAAAGGGCAAAAAUAAAAGAGAUGAUGCAGUUCUCCUGGGACAAUUACAAGCGGUACGCCUGGGGGUUCAACGAACUGCGGCCCGUCUCCAAGCAAGGACACUCCAGCAAUUUGUUUGGGGGUCUGAAGGGGGCAACUAUCGUGGAUGCCUUGGACACUCUUUACAUCAUGGAGAUGUACGAGGAGUUUGAAGCUGCUACUGAGUGGGUGGUGAAAAACCUUGACUUUAAUAUGAACACAGAGAUCUCGGUGUUUGAAGUGAACAUUCGCUUUGUGGGAGGGCUGCUGUCUGCCUACUAUCUCUCAGGCAAAGAGGUGUUCAGUCAAGGACAACACAAUUUGCCAGCUGGUGUGGGAUCAGCAGCUUUAGCCUGCGGUGUGGCAGAGGGCAAAGGAUGCCAGAGGCAGCUCAGUGUCUCUGUGUUUGGCAUGUCCCCUCAGCAGACAGAAGACUCGGGUAGCUGUCUGCCACUGCCCAGUGCCCACCCCAGGUCAGUCACACACACACACACACACAAGACCCCCACAGGCAUCCCCUGGGCCCUGCUCAACAUGAAGAGUGGUAUCGGGCGUAACUGGCCGUGGGCGUCUGGCGGCAGCAGCAUCCUGGCGGAGUACGGCACGCUGCACCUGGAGUUCAUGCACCUCAGCAAACUGUCUGGAAACCCCGCCUUCGCCGAGAAGGUCAUGAACAUCCGGAAAGUUCUCAACCGGCUGGAUAAGCCCUCAGGAGGGCUGUACCCCAACUACCUGAAUCCCAACAGCGGCCAGUGGGGUCAACAUCAUGUAUCGGUGGGUGGACUGGGAGACAGCUUCUAUGAGUAUCUACUAAAGGCCUGGAUCAUGUCUGACAAAUCGGACGAGGAGGGGAAGAAACUCUACUACGAUGCUCUCCAGGCCAUAGAGAAGAACCUGAUCCGCAAGUCCAGCGGCGGUCUGACCUACAUAGCGGAGUGGAAGGGCGGUCUGCUGGAGCACAAGAUGGGCCACCUGACGUGCUUCGCCGGCGGCAUGAUCGCGCUGGGCGCCGACGGAGCUCCUGACCAGCAGACGGGUCACCACAUGGAGCUGGCCGCCGAGAUCACCCGCACCUGCCACGAGUCCUACGCACGCACCAAUUUGAAGCUGGGUCCGGAGGCGUUCCGCUUUGACGGGGGUGUGGAGGCCAUCGCCACGCGUCAGAAUGAGAAGUACUUCAUCCUGCGGCCGGAGGUCAUCGAGACCUACAUGUACAUGUGGAGGUUCACCCACGACCCCAAAUACAGGCAGUGGGGCUGGGAGGCUGUGCAGGCUCUGGAGCAGCACUGUAGGGUGGAGGGGGGCUACAGUGGUGUGAGGGACGUCUACGCCUCCAACCCCAACCAUGACGACGUGCAGCAGAGCUUCUACCUGGCAGAGACGCUCAAGUACUUGUAUCUGUUGUUCUCCGAGGACGACCACCUGCCGUUUGAGCACUGGGUGUUCAACACAGAAGCCCACCCUCUUCCCAUCAUCAAGAAGGACUUCAGCAGCAAUCAGGCCAACGAGGUGGAGUAACCAGCCAUGGCCUCUGACCUCUGACCCAAGAUGGAACUCAGCCAGAGGGUUAGGGUCCCUGUGAGCCACACAUACACCCUCCUCCGCCCCCCUCUGUCCCCUUGUGGAUCUGAGAUCUGUGACCUCUGGCGGGAUGGCAUGGCUGCGGAUCUGUCCCUCAAGUCUGUCCUCCAGAGCCAGUCUGUAAUUCAAGGGCUCAACCUGAAGCAUUCUUGGGCCCCCAACUCUAACCUCUUAGGCCCACCCUGACCCUCUUGGCUCCAUGGAGAUCCACCCUGACCCUCUUGGCUCCAUGGGAAUUCACCCUGACCCUCUUGGAUCUAUGGAGAUCCACCCUGACCCUCUUGGCUCCAUGGGAAUUCACCCUGACCCUCUUGGAUCUAUGGAGAUCCACCCUGACCCUCUUGGCUCCAUGGAAAUUCACCCUGACACACUUGGAUCUAUGGAGAUCCACCCUGACCCUCUUGGCUCCAUGGAAAUUCACCCUGACACUCUUGGAUCUAUGGAGAUCCACCCUGACAACUCUGGGUGUGUGGAGGGUCUCUGGAGGUCUGCAUGCUGCCCCUUCUUCCGCUCCAUUUCGUCCACCACAACCUUUCCUCCCCACACUUCAACCAAGUCCUGACUCUGGGCUUCAUUUUGGAAGAGGUCCAAGAAAUCCAUACCUCCUCUGUGAGGAGACCUUUUGGGCUGUUAAUUCAUCUCGCCCUCUCUCUCUCUCCUCUCUCUCUCUCUCUCUCUCUCUCUCUCUCUCUCUCUCUCUCUCUCUCUCUCUCUCUCUCUCUCUCUCUUUCUCUCUCUCUCUCUCGCUUUCUCCCUCUCUUACUCACACACACACACAUACAGUACACACACUUUCUGUUUGUGUAAACCAUACAGGAUUCAAGGCUUCAUAAUGUGUUGUGUCUUUGGUUGUCGUUUUGAAGUUAUCUUUGUUUUCCUAAGGGUGGGGGAUCUUUGUUUGUUGUGGCUUUUGUUUGUUUGUUUAUUUGUUUGCUUGUUUUGGUUUGGUUUUGGAGUCCAUCAGCUUGACCUUUCAAGGUCUCCGUUUUCCUUGUGUUCCAAAGUGUUGGCUUUCUAAAAGCUACUUAUGAGGAUCUCGGAGGACUUUGCUUUGGGCAGACUUGUCAGACAUAUUGUUUUUACUUUUCUUCAACCCCAGCUCUGUAGUGGUCUCCAGUCAAAUAGUGCCUUUUUAAUCUCAGAAAUAGCUCAAAAUGUUAAUUUAUUUAUUCCCAGCGGAAAUGAACUGGGAUUCGCUUGUGUUGUCAUUGUUGUGAGGUUUUUGUUUGUCUGUCUGUUUUUUUUUUUUUUCUGAAUGCAGUUAUCAGCUGGCACUCGGCCACUCCUAGUGACCUUUUGCGUUUGGCGUCAACUGCAAGGGAGUUUAAGAAGAGAUUGCACACAAGGAGUUGUGUCUCUUUCUUUCAUUCAUUCCAUCUCUCCCUCCCUCACUUCAUGCCUCUCUCUCUCUCACACACACACUCUCUCUCUCUCUCUCUCUCUCUCUCUCUCUCUCAGAAAUGCAGACAUGUUUACAACUCCCCAUAUCCUUUCCUUCUGAGAUUAUUUCCUUCUGAGGUUAUGGUUUGGAUGAGGGGAGGCACAAUAGAGACUGAACCACUUCUAUUGACAUACUGUACCAUCAACCAUUUUGUCUCCAUGACGCUGUUUCUCUCCGCUUCCGUAGUUUUUCCGCUAGCGAGCUAAUCUCUAUCUGUCAUUGUUUCAUGAUUAAGAAAGAGAGAGAGAGAGAGAGAGGAAAAACUCCUUGUUUUGCUUUUGUUGUUGUUGUUGUUGUUAAUGUUGUUGUUUAUCUAAUGGGGGGCCAGACAGGGACAUUCAUCAACCCGUAGCUUUUGUAUAAAAAAAAAAUGCUUUAAUUCAACCUUAAUUUAUUUUAUGGUGUUGUGACUGUGAAAGCCGUUUUCUUCACAGUGUCCAGGGGUCAUUUGGGGGAACUAGGCCCACUCCUGGCACUACACUGAAGAGGUUGUUUUUCCUCUUUUUUUUUUUUUCUUCUUUUUUUUUUACUUCUGGCUGGGAGGCAGAAGGGGUGAAGCCAAAAAGCUGUAGUCACCCCAAAUAGCCAGUUGAAGAUCAACAGGAUUAAAUAAGAUGAAUGAAUGUACCACCAAAUGUGAAAUGGAAGUAAUUUCGCCUUGUGAUUAUCUUUGUCUUCUGUUCUACAUUUUAUUUUGUCUUCAUUUUAUUUGUUAGUUUUCGGUUUGGUUUUGUUGUGUUCUCCAAAGUACCCUUUGUCCUGCUAAGCACAACUGAAUGAACGUUUCUAUCCUGAUAUUACAUAGAGGGAGAAAAAUAAUGAAUGAAUAAGAUUUUUUUUUUGUGAGACGAAGUCAAGAAAGCACAAGAUGUUUCCUUCUGUUGAAAUAUAACGAAGGGGGACAAGGAAAGGACAUUUCAAAGAGCAGCACUACACUGGAUGGAAAACAGUAAAAACACACUUUUAUACAUAUUUCUUUGUAAAAUACUGUACUACAACACUUCCUCUUUCUGCUGCAAUUAAACAACCAACAUCACCGGAACAUCACAGGAAACAUGCAUUUAUUCAUGGCGUCCUCAUGCACAGAUUAGUUGAAUCAUGGAGGACAAAUAUUGUAUCCUGAUUAAUUGAUUGUCUCUAGAGCAGGUUUGCCAUGACAUGGCAUGGUCCCCCGUCUAAUUAGGGGACAUGGACAUUCACAUACACACUCAAUGUGCAAUGAACGCUUGGGUAAGACAAACAGUGUUAUGUGCAAAACGUCAGUGAUUGUACUGUAUCAGACAGGGGCAUGUACAGUUACUGAUAAUGAAAUUAAUGAGUUGUUAUUCCUUAAUGGUCUUGACCACAAGGAUACAACACACACACACAUGCACACAUCUGCACUUGCUCUGCAGGAUAAAGGCGCCCCCCCCCGACAGCAGCUCCAGGAUAAAGAAUGAGUGUUUCGUCUUUCUCGGUAAAACAGAGGUCAGGAUUGGGCUUUUGAUACGCUUUAUAUCACUUGUUAGGAAUAAGCCUCAGUCUCAGUCCACCAGUGAAGGCCCUCAGCACCAGUGCAAAGUGGGUCCAGAAUGCUAAGUGUGUUCCAACUCCAGAGUGAAUCAGCUGCUGAUAGGGGGCGCUAUUGUGCAAUAAGGACAAGUCAGGUCGGCCACCUUCUUACAUUAAUCUCCGAAUACUGAGGACUUAUCACACAGAAGGACAGUGGGAAAUUGGUUCACAAGCCAUGGGAGCUCUGUUUUGUCCUGAGUGUCAUAAGCCUGAGUUGAUCCCUUAGUAUAAACAUGCAGUCCCUCAUAUCAUAAGCAGAGGAAUCAGUAUAUCGUAGUCAUACCAGACAGUAACUAGGGUGUGCACGCUCCUUUUAUCACUUUUGAAAGACUGUGUAACAGUGUUGGGAAAGUGAAGGGUGUGAGGCCACUUGUUUAACUGGAACUGCAGUAUGGGUGGGAUUAUAUACACUGUGAAGCUGUAGACACUGACAUGGCCGUGUCUCUGUAGCCAAAGUAGGAUUUUUGACAUGAGGAUCUCUAGUUUUGCUGGCUGGUACGCGUCUUCAGUGGUGUUGUAAUGCAGUGUUGGUGAGAGUCAACAGCUCGCUACGAGUGUUAGCUUCACGUUUCAGUAUGCUGGCUUACAUGUAGAAGACUGUCCUAAUAUUUUGUUUCUGAUUCUAAAGUUGUGG